AAUCGGACAUCAUGGGUCCAAGCGAUACGUGCAUUCCAUCGGGGUUCAGUCAUGAUUAUCGGUUUAUUCUGGAGUUCACCGUGGACAUUAGGCGUUUCCGGGAACUGGAAUGACAUUGUGGAGCGCGGGGAGGCCAAACUUCGGCAUGUGGUACAUGCUCGGAGCUAGUUCUGAAGAUGAGAGGCUGGCGUUACUGUUGCGGCGUCAGCAGCUCGAAGCUGAGGCCCUCGCGCUUCGCCAUCGCUCCGAGCUAGCUGCUUUCCACCACCAGUCGUCGGCGCAGGUCGAAGCACAAGUUCAGGCAGACGCCCAGAAGAAAACCAUGCGGCAACCGAAAGCAGCACAGACGACGCCCACUUUUGAAACACUUGCCUUUCCAGCAAGAAAUAUAAUUGUUGAUCUUCCAAUCCUGCGUCACAGUUAA